AUGUUGAUUAGUCAAUCAGUUGUUAUCCAUAUAUUUGCUGUUCUUGGGUUCUCCGAGUUCGGCACCUCCAUAAGGCUUGACUCGUUCAACCGCGACGGCAUCUCCAAGGCCGACGCCUCCAUAUUCGUCGACUGGUUCGACCGCGACGGCAUCUCCAAGGCCGACGCCUCCAUAUUCGUCGACUCGUUCGACAUAGACGGCAUCUCCAAGGCACUCGCCUCCAUAUUCGUCGACAAGCCUGAUUGCUGCAACAACACUUUCGGCAGCGAGAUCGGCACGACUGGUGGCAGCGACUCUGACACUACUGGCAUCGGCGCUACUGGCAGCGACAUCUUCACUACUGGCAGCGAGAUCGGCACUACUGGCAGCGGCAUCGACACUACUGGCACGAGUACUGGCAGCGAGUUCGGCACAACUGGCGACAACAGCAACAUGGACAUGGAUCAGUUCGAGGAGUUGGAGGUGGAGGAGGCGCCAGCUCCAGCAGCAGCAGCAGCAGCUCAGCAGGCGCAGCUCCCUUUCGCGUUGGACCAGUUCGAGGAGUUGGAGGUGGAGGAGGCGCCACCAGCAGCAGAAGCAGCACCGAGACGGAAGCCAUCGAGGUCGGCCGAGGGCGUCGGCCACGCGAGGGAGGUCAAGUUGAAGAAAGCGGUGAAGGAGCUCAAGCAGAAGUUGAAGGUUGGGGUGGUGGGCUUCAGCGCGCCUGCGACGGUUCAUCCGCACCGUCGCUUCGCCAACCCAGCAAGCUGGGUUGGCGAGGCGGAGAAGGCUUCCCACGAGGCCAUCAUCAGGAACGUUUCCACCAUGGUGCCAGGCUCGGAGCUGAUCACUGGGAGACCUGGGACGGCGUUGGGGAGGAAGCGCAAGAUCGAGGCGUCUCGGAUAUGA